UGGCAGGUCAGAGUCAACUAGUGUAAACCUGAUACUGGAUCAGAGAUGUUGUUCAUAGAGGACAUGGGCAGGCACAAAGAUAUUUUUAAGAGAACAGUUCUCUGUUAGGCCCCAGUGAAGAGAAAAAGGAACCAACUCAAACACUUGAUAAGAAAGAGGAAAUCCUUGAUUAGAAAACCAUAGGCAGUUAUGAUGGAAACUCUCUGAUGGCCAUAGUCAUCUGUUGGCCAGGGUGAGGCCAGGGACAUAGCACAAUGCCUACUGUGUUUGCUCCCUGUGUGAGUUUUGGGUACAGGGAAGAUAGGCCCCUAGAUCCAAGCCCUGCUUGCAUCCACGAUGUGGGACUGCCCUGAUUCACGGGGAGAAGAGAGAGGGCCAGAAGGGCAGUAUCUAUCCAGGCUUCCUGUUCCCCUGACCCUAGCUAGAACCAAAUGCUGAAAGGCCAAAUCAAACCCAGGUUUUUGAGUGAAAUAUUCAACAUUUAAGUCUGAAUUCCUCUUCAAGGACUGAAUCCAUGUAGCCUGAGAACAGAAGGAAUCUGACGCCUUCUCACAGAGUCACCAGGGGAAAGAGUGGAAAGCGCAGGGGAGAAACCUCUUCCUCUUCGUGUGAGGAAACUGAUAUAGAAACCUUGUGAUGAGCGCCAGUCCGCACAUCCUGCCCCUUGUGUCCACUGCAGGGCUUCAGCUCCAGACCUGGUCAGACUGCGGAGCCUGAGUCAUGUCACCCCAUCCUGCCAUUGUGUUGGCCCUCGUGCUGUGCCUGGGGCAGACAAUCACCACUCAGGAAGGAUCUCUGUCAAAGCCUUCCAUCUCAGCUGAGCCACGCCUUGCGAAAUCCCAAGGGGGUUGUGUAACCAUUGUGUGCUCAAACCCUGGUGGAUAUGAUACAUUCCGCCUGGAGAAGGGAGGCCAGAGUGUCAUGGAGAAGGAGAACACACAGCCUCUAAUGACAGAGGCUAGAUUCCUCCUUGACCCAGUGAAUGAAAGCACUGCUGGAUACUAUUCCUGUAUCUAUUUAAAAGAGUCCAUCUGGUCCCCACGCAGUGAGAUCCUGGAGCUGAAGGUAACCAGAGAAGACGUCACCCAGGCUCCUGACCCAGGUCCAACAGUGACUCCAGGCAUGUCUUGGCUGAAGACAAAGGGCAUUUAUAUUCUCGUUGGAGUCUCUGUGGUCUUCCUCCUUUGUCUUCUCCUCCUCCUUCUCUUCUGCUUCCACAGCCACCGUCAGAAAAAGCAGGGGCUCCCAAACAGCAAGAGCCAGCAGCAGAGGCCACAAGAGAGCCUUGCUACUAAUGGCCUGGAGAGAACACCAGACAUAGUCACAGAUGACAGGCUUCCAGAGAAGAGAAGGACAGAAACCUGGACCCCUGCUGCAGGAGGCCUCCAGGAGGUGACAUAUGCCCAGCUGGACCAUCACGCCCUCACACAGAGGACAGUUGGAGCUGUGACCCCACAGAGCACAGACGCCGUGACUGAAUCCAGUACCUAUGCAGCCAUCAUCAGACGCUGAGCCUGGGCACCCCUGAAGACAUGCGCAGUCACUGUUGGAAAAGCCCCAAGCAGCCGUUCAAGGGCUCCUUUUGGGAUCACCUUGGCGUGGAAAGCUAACCAGCCAGUUCUGCUCCAGGCAGAAACUGGACCCUGGAGGCCCCCGUUCCCCAUCUAGGAGUUGCAUUGGGAGGUGGUAGUAUCAGUCCUUGGAAAGACCAUGUUGCAGUAAGCUCCAGAGCCCAAGUUACCCUCACCUGGUUGUUUCCAGAGACAGAGUUAGAGCCCCUUAGCUGUUUCUACAGACCCUUCCACAGCCCAGCUUAUUUAAUGAACAGCACUGUAAUUGUCCAGUGGCCUCGACACCCCCACUUGUGUAAUGAGCCCAGUGAAACCCUGAAGGCUUCCUUGGAUCCCCCUGCUGACUCUGACUGGGUUGUACUCAUGCAGCUGAAAACCAAGCCAUUUCUCUGCAUCAGGCCUCAUGGGGUGCCUCAUGGGUGUUUUUGAAGAUGGAGCAUCUACAGCCUGUGUGGAUCUUGGACACACAGCCUGUAAGGACCCAAAUUCUGUCUUUAUAGCUAUUCAGAGAUGAGUGGGGAAAUAAGGGUUACAAAAGCUGCUUAUGAUUCCAUUUUCUUUAAAAUAUAUGUGUAGUUGAA